AUUUUUUAUUCAAUAAGAUUUCAAAACCCAAUUGAAUUUGGCUCGAACAAAUCUAAAUUAAACCUAAGCUUCACUUUCGGAUGAUAUAAUUACUCAGCUAAAAAAGGGGAAAAAGACAUUUUUUUUCUUUCCUUCAGAAAAAAAAAAAAACCACUUGAAAUCUCGUUUUAUAACUUUUUUAAUGCCUGCCUCCAAAGUCAACUAAUUAACUAAGUAAAAAGAGACCAAAAACGCAAUUCGAAGAUAAAAAGGACAGAAAUCCAAGACGUCAAACGCUCUAUGCAGAACAGCAGCUGAGGCAGCUUCACUGCUUUGAGAAGAACCCAAAAGGAAGAAAUGGGUCAUGACCAAGAGGAGGAGGAGACACCAGCAGCUACCCCGACGACCACCGCCAGCAAAGACCAAGAGGAAGAGACUUGGAACCACCAGAUACAAACCCUUAUACUAGAGCUUUCUGAGAAGCUCAUAACUGGAGAUCUUCAGGCCAAGAUUGAACCUGCUAGAGAUAUAAGAAAAAUUGUUAGAAAAUCAUCUGUUAAGAAACGUUCAAAGUUUGCUGCUGCUGGCGUUAUUCAGCCUCUUGUUUUCAUGCUCUUGUCUCCUAAUCUUGAUGCACGUGAAGCUUCUCUUCUUGCUCUCCUCAACCUCGCUGUUAUAAAUGAAAGAAACAAGGUCAAUAUAGUUACAGCUGGGGCUGUCCCUCAUCUCAUAGAGCUUCUCAAAUUGCAAAACAGUGGUUUGAGAGAAUUAGCCACAGCUGCAAUAUCAGCACUCUCAACUUCUGCACCUAACAAGCCCACAAUUGCAGCCUCUGGAGCUGCACCCCUUCUCGUUCAAAUCCUUAGCUCUGGACGUGUUCAAGGAAAAGUUGAUGCUGUCACUGCCUUCCACAACCUAUCGACCUGCAAAGAAAAUUCCAUUCCUAUUCUUGAUGCUGAGGCAGUUUCUCCACUUAUCAACCUCCUCAAAGAAUGCAAGAAAUAUUCCAAGUUUGCUGAAAGGGUAACAGCCCUGCUUGAAAUCCUUUCUAAAUCUAAGGAAGGGAGAGAUGCAAUCACCAAUACAGGUGAUGGGAUAUUAACCUUGGUAGAGACUGUUGAAGAUGGCUCUCUUUUCAGCAUGCAGCAUGCUGUUGGAGCUUUGCUUUCUUUGUGCCAGGGCUGCCGAGAAAAAUAUAGAGAACUCAUUCUUAAAGAGGGUGCAAUCCCGGGGCUUCUGCUACUAACUGUAGAGGGCACGAGCAUAGCACAAGAAAGAGCUCGUGUUCUCCUGGAUUUGCUCAGAGAUAGUCCUCAGGAAAAAAAAUUGGCUUCUUCAGUUCUGGAGAAAAUUUGUAUGAUAUUGCUACCCUGGAGAUGGAGCAGAUAAAGCAGCCGUAACCGCCAAGAGGUUACUGGAAGAUAUGGUUCAAAGAAGUAUUUAACUCACAUGAAACGCAUUCAACAUAGGGCUGCCUCUUGCACACCUGCCAAAGUUCCAACUGCAUGAUGCAUUCUGCCCUGGAUGCAAGUAAACCAGUUAAAAUUUGUGUCCAUUCUAGAUCACCAUCCAAGAGAGUGGGAAUCAAUAAGAGUAAAAUGUCAUUGAUUAAGUUUUACUAAGAGUUUUUCCCUUUCGGAGGUGCUAUUUACUACCCCAAGGGUAUGUUGUACAUCUUGACGCUUCCUCGUGUGUAUAUAAAAAACCUGUGUCAUAAUACAUGUAGAUUUCCACUGAUGAAAUCAUAGUAGAUGCUGCAUUGAAUUAAGGUUGUGACCAAAUACUUUCUUUGACCAAAGUUGUCUAAAGCUCCCUUUUUUAUGUACUACUUUUAAUUAGAAGAUUAUCGCCAACAAAGUUCAUGGUGGUUCAAAACCCAAGACCACUUAUUGUUAACCUUAACUAUUAGACAAUCCCUCGUGGGCAUCCUGUUUUAAGUUCUUUGGUUUGAUGGAUAGUUUGUGCGGUCAGGUUAACGGGUAGUGUGUUUCCAUUGGCAAAAAGAAGUAAUUAAACCCUCAGAUUCAACUGCAACAGUCAAAAUUGCUCAACUUGUAUUAGCAGAAGUUGCCAGAUGAGCAGCAACAAUAAAGAUUUUGGUAUGUUGAUUGAUCAUUUGUUGAGACAUCAGAUCUUAUGAUUUUUGCAACCAAAUGUUGGAAAGUGGUGUUCCUGUCAGGGGACAUGAUUAAAUCCUCCACCCACAUGCGGAUCACAAAUACCAGAAAAUCUGGGGUCCUUUCUUCCCUAUUCGUAAGAUUUAUAAUUGAGAAAUCUUGGUGGUCAAAACUGUUGAUCCAAAAGGCAAAGCAAUUGGUACAAAAAAUUCAGUCUGCCCCAGUUGGAUUAUACUUUUGACAUAAAGAAAAACCUUCGAACAAUGGAGCUUUGAAAAGCUGCAAUGGAAAAGCAGCUUCCAUGUCUAAUCCCAUAAUGGCAGAGACUUACUGGAAAAAAUGAAAAAAACCCAUCGUGAAAAAUGAGAAAAAAAAUAGGCUGUUGAUGUUGAUGAUGUGUGAGUGUGAUUGUGAAGAAGAGACAAUGGACAACUAACAACUAACCAAUUUAAUUGACAAAUGACAAAAGAUCAAGCAGCCGUUUGGACGGUUAAAAUUAGCAACAGAGAAAAAAUAUUUUUUUCUCUUCCUUACGGAAAAUAUUAAAGUUGGUUUCUUAAGGGAAGAUGGCUGAUGCUGUUGAUAUUGGUAACCGAUAAUCCAACUUGAAUUAUGUUUGGUGGAUGGCAAAAUUAAUAAUCCUCU